CUGAUGCUGUCGAGAAGUAAACUUCCGCAACCGGCAACACGCGCCAUCGAUGCCCUUGCGCAUCUGCAAGUGAGCUUAAUGAGUAUUUACAUCCCAACUGUGAUGCUUGAUUGAGUGAUUGGUACAGGGGAGGCUCGCGCCUCGCUUAUGUGCAUAUAAUGCGGUGCGGCUUACAGCUUACGGCCAAAAGUAGGUAAUUUUAUACGGGACCUGAGACAGGACCUGAGAUAAAAUGCUAUGUCAGAAGCAGCUGUCCUGCGGCGUGCUGUUAGCGUUGUGUCGCGGAAGGGGGCCAGGCGCUGUUUGGUCGGCGGGGCUCGCCCGCGGCCCCCGCCCCCGCCACCACGACCGACCAGCGCUAGCCGCGACAACACCAAGCGCAUUUACAUCAGCAUCAACUGCAUCGACAUCAUCUUCGGGAGCAGCUGCGGCUGCUACAGCCCACGCGGCCCGGGGGCAGCAGCAGCAGCAGAACUGCAUGUGCGGGCUGAUGCUGCUGCUGCUGCUGCGCGUGCCGGGCGCAUGCGGCCGUGCUGGGCGGCUGCAGCCGGCGGCGCGUGGCGGCUCGGCGGCUGCAGCUGCAGCUGGACUGGGUGGACCAGUGGGCGCGAGUGGCGGCGGCGGCGGCGGCGGCGGUGGCGGUGAUGGGGGUGGCAGAAUGGGCAGCGGCGACCGGAGUGGAAGCAGUGGCAGCGGCACUAGCAGCGGCCCUCGCGCGGGCGGGGGGAGCGGACAGGGCCGCGGCCGUGGCGAAGGACGCAGUGGCGGCAGUGGUCGAGGCCCCUACAGCGGCAGGGGCAGGAGCGACGUCGGCAGGGGCAGGGGCCGCGGAGGGGAAGGAGGGGACGGCUUUAGCCAAGGCCGCGGCCGCGGCAGUGGCCGCGGCAGGGAUGGAGCUAGAGACGGCGGCGGCGGUGGCGGCAUGGGUGCCCCUCCUCCUUCCCUUCAGCCUUCUCCUCUGCCGUCUCGUGACCCAGCCGAUGACAUGAGCGGCUGCCGCACACUGGAGGAGCUGCGGGGGGUGGUGGCGGCGCGGCUGGGGGUGUGGGAGCGGCGGCGAGACAUUGGCUGUCUGAGGGCGGCCUUCCACCUGACCGGCAAGUUAAGCUCGGGUUCCCGGGGCGUUCAGGGCCCGCCUCGCCCUCUGGUCGCAGCAGCAGGCGGCGCAGCCACUGCUACUGCCACUGCUACUGCCGCCGCCCGCACCGCUCUGCUGUCUGACCUGGGGGCGGUCUACCUGCCGCUACUGCCGCACACACGCACAGCCGCCGACUGCAGCUUGCCGUUGUGGGCUCUGGCCAAGGCGGGGAGCGGCAGUAGCAGUCGCAGCAGUGACGGCGGCAGUGGUGACGGCAAUAGCAGUGGGGACGAGGCUGCAGCGGCGGCGGAGCCACAGCAGCAGCAGCAGCGUCUGGCGGCGGCGCUGCUACAGCGGCUGGUGGAUCCGGAGGUGCUGGCUACAGCCCGGCCCAACGAGCUGUCCAACGCCCUGUGGGCGCUGGCCAGGCUGCGGGAGGGGCGGCCGGGUGGGGGUGGCUGGGACGCCGCCCUGCUACAGCCGCACCACCUCAACGCGCUGGCGGCGGCUGUAGCAGGACAGCUGCAGCAGCAGCAGGCCGCGGCGGCGCCACCCGGGCGACCGGCGGGGCACAGGGCGCACACGGGGCAGGGGUUCCCGGCACAGGCCGUGUCCAACAUACUGUGGGCGUGCGCGAAACUGGAGUACCGGGACCCGGCCCUGCUACAGCCGCUGGCGGCAGCGGCGGCGGCUACAGCCGUGCCGGGCACUACCGGCCAGGCCCUGAGCAACAGCCUGUGGGCGCUGGCGGUGCUGGGCUCCGUCUUCAACCAGCAGGAACUCUCCAACGUGCUGUGGGCGUGUGCAAAGCUGGGGCACCGGGACCCCGACUUGCUACAGCCGCUGGCGGACGCGGCGGCGGCGGCUGUAGCAUCCAUGACGGGUCAGGGCCUGAGCAACUGCCUGUGGGCGCUUGCGACGCUGGGGUGCGCCGGACCCGAGUACCGGGCUGCGGUGGGGGCACUGGCACGGGAAGCGGCAGUGGAUGCGAGAGGCAUGUCAAUGCAGGCCCUCAGCAACAGCCUGUGGGCGCUGGCGGCGCUCGGCUACUGCGGGCCCGAGUGCCGGCCGGCAGUAGCAGGUCUGUGCGGGGAGGUGCGGCGGCGCCUGUUGGCAGCGGAGGCGGAGGCUACUGCCGUGGAGGUGGGCUCCCAGCAACAGAUCUCAAACGUGCUGUGGGCGUGCGCGAAGCUGGAGGUCCGGGACACAGGCCUGCUACAGCCGCUGGCGGCGGCGGCUGCUACAGCCGUGCCGGGUAUGACGGGGCAGGGCCUCAGCAACAGCCUGUGGGCGCUGGCGGCGUUGGGCUGCACAGGGCCCGAGUACCGCACCGCAGUGGCUGCCCUGUGCGGCGAAAUGCUGCGGCGGCUGCGGGAAGGAGCAGGGGCCGAGCCCGCUGCUUCUGCAGCUGCGGCUGCUGCUCCCGCUGCGGCGCUGAGCCCGCAGGGCCUGUCCAACGCCCUGUGGGCGUUACAGGCGUUGGACCUGGGCCGGCCACAGGCGGGGCUGGUGGCGGCGCUGGCGGCUGAGGGGCGGCGGCAGCGCUUUGCGGGCUUUGGGCCGCAGGAGCUUUCCAACUCGGCCUGGGCGCUGGCCAAGCUGGGAUUCGGAGGCGCCGCAGCAGCAGGAGCGGUUGCGGUGGGGCCGGAGGCGCCGGAGGAGCAGCGGCGCUGGUUUGCAGGCGCGGUGGAGGCGGCGCUCCCUGGGGUAGCCCCGGGGGCUAUGGAGGGGGCUGCGCCCCAGGCAUGGUCCAACCUGCUGUACGCGCUGGCUCUGGUGCGCCACCAGCCGCCGCCGGAGCUGCUGGGCGCAGCAGGAGGCGCGGCGGCUGCGCUGGCGCGGGGCGGCGCCCAGGACUGCGCGAGUGUGCUGUACGCGAUGGCGGUGCUGCGGCGGCGGCAUGCCGGCGUGGAGGCGGCGGUGUGCGGCCGGCUGGGCGAGCUGCUGCAGCUGCAGCAGCAGCAGCAGCAGCAGCAGCAGCAGCGCGAUGAUGGUGAGGACGGCGCGGCCUCGCUUGACUCGCAGGCGCUGGCCAACAGCCUGUGGGCGCUGGCCUUGCUGCGCGGCGCCACCCCGCAGCAGCACCAGGAGCCGGCAACGCCAGCCCAGGCGGCAGCAACAGCGGCAACAGCGGCAACGGCGGCAACAGCGGCAACAGCGACAACAGCGGCAACAGCGGCUGACGCCACAGUGGCAGAAGCCCCCGCGGCCCCGGCGGCUGACGCCACAGCGACCCCAGGGUCAGCGGCAGAGGCCACAGCGGCAGAGGCCCCAGCGGCUGACGCCACAGCGGCAGAGGCCACAGCGGCAGAGGCCACAGCGGUGCGGCUGGCGCGCGAGGCUGUGCGGCGGCCGGGCGGGUUCGCCGCGGAGGGGCUGUACCAGCUGUGGCAGGCGCAGCGGGAGCUGGGCGGCACGGUGGCGGCGGUGCUGGGCAGCUGCGCCCCCCUGCAGGCCAGGAUGGAGGCGGCGGCGGAGGCGGCGCGGGCGGCGGCCGCCGCGGCAGCGGACAUGUCCAGCUUUCAAAAGCAGGUGGCGGCGGCGGCGGUGCGGCUGCAGCAGCAGGCGGCCCUGCCCAUCGAGCGGGUGGUCACGGAGGUGGCUGUGGAGGGGAUGCUGGGGCGGGCGGAUGUGGUGGUGGCGCUGAGGGUGCCGCGGCAGGGCGGGCGGCGGGAGGCAGGGCGGGAGGUGGAGGUGGAGGCGGAGGCGGAUAUGGAGGAGGGGCGGGAGGUGCAGAGUGAGGUGGAGGUGGAGGUGGCUAUUGAGGCGGACGGGCCGGUGCACUUCUUCUCCAACCGCAAGGGCGACCCCGGGGCAGUGGACGGCCCCACGGCGCUGCGCAACACGCAGCUGACACGUGUGUUUGGGCCGGGCCGCGUGCUGUGCGUGCCGUACUGGGACUGGUACGACUUGUCCGGACCCCAGCAAGAGGCCUACCUGCUGCGGCUGCUACAGCCGCUGCUGAAGACGUAGCUGCGACAGCCAACCCAGAGGCUGUAGCAGGCGGGGGGGUGUGUGGGCGUGCAUGGCGAGAGCCGCUGCAUGUUGGGGGAUCGGUGUGCUCAGCAGGCAGGCAUGCCCAGAAGACGACCUCCCCCCAGGCAUACCUUGUGUGUGUGCGUCCUUUUAUUGUGAAGUUUUGGCCGCGUGAGCGGUGGCGGGGGCACUCUCUGAAUCUCACCAGCGCGGUAGGAGGCUGGUGGGCUGGGGCGCACAUGCCGCAGAUGCUCUGCCCCCACCCCUGGAGGCUUUAUGCAGCGCGUGAGUUCAUUACACGCGCCUUGCUGGCGCGGCGGCUGAGCCCACGCUUCCUUCACGCGUCUCUGGCAACUCACGCUGGCUCCAACCAGUGGAGAGUGUGGACGUGUAAUGACGUGGUUGGAAUGUGAGAUGUGAGCCCACACAAGCGAGCCCGUAAAACGCUGAAACGAGCCGCAGUACUACAGUAUUCUGGUGAUGGCGAGGGCGUGGUGUGUACGACCUCCUUCCAUCUACCGCCGCAGCAGGCACACGCCACAUGGGGCGAUGCGCCCUGGACCGACUUCCACGGUUCGUGGGUCGUGGUGACGGGCUUCCUCCGUUUCUUUGAGGUAGGGGGGCCAUGUUUCAAGUGCCCAGCCAGUUCGCCAUCACACUACGUGGCUAGGAGAGGAGAGGGGCUUGGCGCCGGCUGUGCUGACAUGGGACUGGGUGACACGCAACAGCCUCGAGCACAAUAUCUAUUAAAAAGACAUGACCUGUCCUUUGUGCUCAUAGGCACUGUCUGGAAGAGGUUCUGCGAGGGCGCGCCGGGGGAAUGGGGCAAACGACAAAGCGGUUGUACGGCGCCACGUGCACGUGUUUGAUC